AUGCGCGAGUUCGAGUGCGCAUGGGUCGUCCCUGAGCCCUCUGCCGACGAGGCCGCGCAGCCCGCCAGCCUCAGUGUGCACAGGCCGCCUACCUCCGCGGACGCGCACCCGGAGCUGACGAGCAAGAUGACGGAGAUAUACCUGCCGUCGAUGAUCGCGCACGACCGGAAGGUCGUCGUGGAGGGCCUGGGACCCGGUAACCGGUACCAUUAUGACGAGAGCCGGCUGAGCAUCGAACCUACAGCGCUCACGCCGGGGCAGAUCCACCGCGUGUCGGUGAAGGCCGAGCUCGUGGUGAACAGCUUCUGGGACGACUUUGGGACCCACGUCGUCCCGGCUUUCGUGCUUGUGUUCUCAUUUUUGGUCGCUAUCGUGUUGGUCAAGCUCUCCGAGACAGCCUGGAGUUAUAUGUAG